UUGAGGGCCGCAUUUCGAGCAGACCCUGAAUUGGGAUACAGGCUACAGAAUCUCAGCAGAGCCGGCUCGCCAGCAUCAAAGCCAAAGCCGACAAGGUGUACAGCUUCUCUGACAACGCACCCAGCCCGUCCAUCGGCGUGGCCAGCAGGAUGGAGGCUGGCCUGGCGCCCACGCUCCACAUGGACCAGAACGGAGCCGACAACAUGUCGGUCAAGACCGGUAGCCCUGCCCACUCUGACAUCUCUGAUGCUGGGGAGGACGGCGAGGGCGUCCAAUAAAGAUUCGCCGCACUACCCCAGCUACGACGCCUACUACUCCCCCACCUACGCCAACAAGGGUGGAGUCGGGCCGAGCGCGAGUGUCGAAGCCGCCAUGUGGUACAGACAGGAGCCCAACUCGCGUCUGUGGUCCUCCGUCUACCCCAGCAAAUACUCGGAGGCUCCGAAACCGCAGGAGGACGACAGGUGGAAGGAGGAGCGGGACAGGAAGGUGAAGGAAGAGAGGCUGUGGCCCAAGGAGAGCCUCCAGAAAGAUGAGUCGGCAAAGGAGGCUCGGAGGGCAGGACACAGCUGGCCUCCGAGGAGCUCCACGGGGGCGGGAAGGAGGCGCGCCGAGCCACCCCGGGUACAGAGGCAUGCCCUCGGUCAUGAUGCAGAAUUACCCAGGCUGCCAGCCAGUUACUACGCUUCCUCAUACGGCGGGAAGGUGGUCGCAGGCGAGGACGGCGAGAAGCCCUCCAGGUCAAGUCCGUCUGUGAAGCUGUCCAGUGAGGCCAAAGAUCUGGACCUGCUGCAGCUGCACGACAGCCAGUACAAAAGCAAGUCGCUGUCCAUCCAGGACAGCAAGACGCCGCAUGAGCGGGAGCGGGAGAGAAAGGGAGGGCGACCAGCCACGCUCCUCGCCCUCGCAACGCAUCAGUCCCAUCACCACCUGGGAUACCCUCUGUACGACCUGUCCUACCCCUCAGGCACACUUGAUUGGCCAGCCUCUAUGCCUCUCAGAGUCAUGUGACUGGAUCAAGUGAAGAAGCGUUUUUGUUUCCGUGACAUCAGUUCAUGGUGUUCUGUGUAUGUUUGACAUCUCUGCCUGGACGUCCAGCCGACUGCUCUGACCCUUGCUGGACCGGAUCCUGGUCCCGUUUGGUUUUGCCGGUUCUGGGCGGUCCCGUUAGCCAACAGGUGCUGCUGGGAUGCAGGUGGGCAGAAUUCACAGUGACGUACCUGCAGGGACGACUGGGCACUCUGUCAUUUUACGGCACUCGGAUUGGGUUUUUAUGUCCUGCGGUGACGUCUGACCUCUUUUAGAAGGACGGGCUCAGCUCUGGAUGACAUCACACCAUUACCUGGAUGCAUUUCAGCUUCACGUGAAAUAAAGAGAACACUGUGGAUGAAGGGGGGCCGGCCUCCUACUCUUCUUUUUGUCUGGUAGGCUGUGCCUCUGUUUUUCUACUGCUGUUGAUCUGAUAUUAAACCUGUAGCUGGUGGAGCAGUGCUCAAGCUCAGUGUCCUCAUUUAUUCCCUGAAAACACCAGAGAGAAGCUGAUGUCGUGAAAUGUCUUCAGGUCCUGGGAUGAUGGAAGGCAGGAGGAAUUCGCUCAGAUUAAAGGGUUCUUCUUUCAAAACAAAAAGCUUGCAGAUUCUGGUUUCAUUGUGUAGAAUAAAAUAUUUCCUGGUUUAAAAACAUAAAACAAAUGGAGAAGUGUGCUUAUGGAUGUCGAUCCAUCGAUUAUUCACUUUAUUCGGUAAUAUGUGGCCUCGUAGAGAACUGACCUGCCUAAUGUACUGCAAAGCACAUGUACAUAUAUUUCAGGAUCACUGUAACCUCAGUGGCUUUAAAUAAACUUUAUUUUGGAGUUUCAUAUUUUGAUUUUGCACAGUUUUCUUUAGGAAACAACUUUUUCUAGUCAUUCACAUUUAUUUAAUGUGCUAAAUUAAGUUUUGGGCAUGUGUGGCACUAUGAUAUAGAUGAAUACAUGAAAAAUGCAGCCCCCCAUUUUAUUUUGAUGCUUCAAGUAACUUUUUCUUUUGGGAAAAACUACUGUUAAUGUCUAUUUUGCUGUAAUAUAAGUUCCGCCAGCAGAGGGCGCUCGGUGUCUUACGCAUCAGUAGCCCACACCUCGCUAGAAGAAGAGUAGUGCAGAGCUGGCGCACCAGGUAGUUCCUGUUACCUGCUGUUUUUACAGAUGAACAUUUGUCGCCCACUGUGAUCUCAGCACGUUUUCCUGGUUCUGGAGAGCAGAUCGAGCGUUGAUCUGAGUCCUGUGAUUUCCAGUAGUGAUUUAUUCCCAAGACAAAAUCAAAUUGUCCUCUGCUGCCGUGUUGUUGCACAAUGAAAACGAUGGAGGUGUCAGAAACGGUCCGGCCCUGGUUAUUGUCUCAGAUAUGACGCUAGUCUUAUCCUGUCCGCUUCUGUGUGUAUAUAUGUAAUAUGCAUAUCCACAUAAUUAUGGAUAUUAUAAUUAUGAUAUUUAAUAAACACACUGUAUUUUAAAGAACAUACAUUAAGAAACUGAUUGUAUUAAAUUUUUAUUUCAAAUAUAUUUCAUUAUAUUUUCUGUCAUCAUUUUAUUAUAGAUUAAGUGCAAGAGUUGUUAAGUGUGGAUAAUUAAAUAAUAGUUUAUUGCAAUAGCAAAUUGCGCCUUGUUCUCAGAUGGACAGCAAGUGGAGAGUGAUAGAUGAGAUGAGGAGAUGGGAGGAGGAAGAGAGGCAAAGAGUGAUUCACAGGCAGAGCCUAGUUUAUUUACCACAGUUUUUUCUUGCCUUAUGGUUCCAAGCGCUUUCACCAAUCUUUGCAUUUUGUUAUUAUCUCAUAACACUUGUUUAAUCGGCUACCAUCUCUCCUAUGGAAGUUUUACUGUCUACAGUCCCAGAUCAACACAGCCCUGCCCUCCAGCACUAUCAGCAGCGGGAGCAGCAGAAACCCCUCAACAGCAACAUUUUACCCCAUCAGAUCUCUGCAUGGCCCUGACCAGGAGGGGAUUAAAGAAGAGUGGGGUGAGAGCCAGACUCAAGAGGCAGACACACAAACAACGAGCGCUGCCGUCCAUUAUCUUUGCUAAUGUGCUAAUGUGACAAGCUGCAAGCCUGCAUCAACCACUUCCAUGAGUACAGAACUGCCUCCGUUCUGGCAUUUACGGAAUCGUGGUUAAACAACAACGACGACAACAGCACGCUACACAUUGCUGGCUUUUCACCACCCCUUCAUCUGGACAUCUUGGCCCUGACAACAUCAGCAGUGGAGUCCUGAGGCACUGUGCAGGGUAACUAGGAAGUGUGUUCCGGACUCACUGUUAGGAUCCACUGAUUUAGUCACUGAUCAACCUUCAGUCACGUAGGAGGUCAGAGCUUCAUGUUUAUGGGAUUAAUGUGCAGUUUCAUUGAAUCUGUAUUUAUCUGUAAACAGGGUUCAUACGGGUGCAUGAAAUAUGUGAUGUUUGGUGCAGUUUUCCUGUUUUGUGGGGAAGAAAGGCUUUUUAAGUCAACCUAAGAUGAUUCGUUUUCAUUUUCACAUGGUCUUAGUGAGGUGAUGCAAAGUGAAACAUGCUUUCUGUUUGUUUUUUUCGGCCAUGUGCUGGGAAAGCUUGAACAUGGACCUUGAAAGUGCUUAAAAAGUGCUUGAAUUGGAGCCAGAAAAAGGCGUAUGAACCCUUGAUUGGGAGGUGAUGGAGUCUGAAACCAUGUGAUCACUGUAAGCUCUGUGAUUUAUUACCUGAUGGACCAGCAACACCUUCACUGUGUUUAAAUGAGAAUGAAUCCAGCUUUACUUUAAUAUAGACGGCACUGUGCAAAAGUCUUGAGCCCUCGUUUCUUUACAUUUUGCAGGAGAAUUGGAAACGGGUGCAGCGAUUCACUGAAACGUGCAAAUAUUCAUUAAAAAUACAGAAUACGAGGCAAAAAUCAAGUCUUUACAGUUGUAACGAGCUUGAACGUGAAUGUUUGGUCUGACCUUCAUCCUUCAGCUCACUCUGAACUCUCUGAGCAGCUCUCUGUCGUCUCUGUGAGGACCUGCAGGAACACUUCUCCAGACUUCUUGAAGGACAUUCAAAGCUCUUCUGCCUUUUCUUGAUUAUGUUGAUGAUUCCACACUGUUUAUGUCCUGCCGGGCUUUGUGCUCUGGGAAUGCCAGACCAUGACUGAUAUUUUGUAGAUCAGAAUGCGUAGUUGUGAACUGAGUUUUGUAAGGUUGUGUUUAGCAUUAAGUGUUGUGGUGCUGAUGAAAGUCCUGCUGGCAGAAAUGACCUUCAGCCAGAAAGGUUGAUGGUCAGGAUGAACCUGGACACUUCUUUGUACACAUGUGUGUCGUAUGUUUUGUAUUAUAAUUACUGAUAGAGACAGACGAGACUCUGUACAGUGGAACCCCAACUUAUGGAAUAAAUUCGUUCCAGAGGGUCUUUCGUAAGUCAAAAUUUUCGUAAGUCGAAGCACCUUUUUCCAUCGCAUUUUGAGUGAGGCGAUGCUGGCUGAAGACGAAGUUCUUGGUGGAGGAGGACCUCGCUCAUAUUUUCAAUAAUUUCUCUCUUUGUUUCCAUUGAGAGCACUUUACGCUUCUUCUUUUCACUCGAAUCACUUGCAGAAAGUUUUUUCGGCCCCAUUAUGAAUGAACGAUAGGCUAUUUGCAAACGAAAAGCACACGAAAUAGCGCACUGCAACAACAAUACGUCUUUCACGUGGAACAGCGAAAUGCAAGUACGAAAGCCGAGGGGUUAUCACAUGAUUCGGAAGGCAUUCUGGGCUCAGCCAGCGGAUUUCGUUACGCGGGCAUUUUGCUGUACCACGGGCAGAAAUAUUGCCGUGAAGUGCCUUCGUAACUUGAAUUUUUCGUUAAAUGGGGUCUUCGUUAGCUGGGGUUCGACUGUAUUUAUAUUUCUUGCAGCCUGUUAACACUGUACCUCCUGCAAAAAUAUCUGCUGGAGUUUAUGCUGCACUAAAACCUCUAUGACAUAGUUGCACUCACUGCUAAAAGGAAAGCCAGAGGAGCAGACACAUCCCAGCAAAACACUGAUGCAGUUUUUACACAUUAAAUGGAAGUGAUAUAAGAUACAGUCCUGAUUAAAAGGUUUAAGACCACUUGAAAACUGGCAAAAAUCAUAUUUUGCAGGGUUGGAUCUUAACAAAUGUUGUUACUAAGAAAAUUUUUUAUUCUCAAAUGCAGACAUUUCAAAGCUAAAUGACAUGAUUUUGAAAAUGAGAAGUGAUAUUAAGUAUAUUCAUUGUUAAUCACAGAAUCAUAAUUCAUAUAUGAUUUUAUUGAUAGUUAAUUAUGUUUAACUGCUCAGCACUGAUCAGAAUAUAACCAGGAAUAAGUUUAACCUGUGUGAUAGAUCAGAAAAUGUAAUAUAGACGGGCUUCACACAGAGUCUGUCCUUAGUGUGUGUGCGUGUGUGUGUGUGUGUGGCAGCUCCAAUUAUAGAGCCAGCAUUCCUCACUAGUUUGUCUCCUCUCAUUUCUAAAACAUGUAUCAAACAGACAAAUAUGCAACAAUAAGAAAAAACCUUCUUCCCAGCACUAUACACCCACUCUCCUGUUGGCAUAUUUCUGCUGUUUCCUGUUCACCAGUGGAUCAAUGGAUUCAUGUAAAUGUUGAAAUAUGAAUCAUGGCCAUGAGAAUAAUCUAAAUGUACAUCCACCACAUGGUCAAAUAUUACUGAACUGGUGGUCCAAAUCUCCACAGGAUGCCUUUAAGCAGUCAGGAUCUGUCUGUGGAAUAGUUUCAAGGAUCAUUUGUUUUGGAUCACCUGGAGAGUUUCCCUCCUUUCUCCUGCAGGGGUUUCCUCUCUAUCAGCAGUGCUUCCAUCUGUGCAGCCCGUCCAGUUUUCCCACCAGAGGAGACAUUUCAGGGUUGGUUAAUCAUUUUUGAUCUAUUCACACUGCAACACAGCAUCUACUAUUUUGGGGCUCAGCUCAUGGGGUUCCCAGGCAAACGCCAGCCCCAACGUCACAGACCAGGAGCGGUUCUGGGAUAGCUCUUCCACGCUGUUAUUUCACUUCAGCUGAAUGCGAUGAACAGAUUGUAGGAAAUUAUGACUAGUAAUUCACUUUAACAUUAAAUGUUGAUACAACACAAACUCUCGUCAGAGAGAUACAUGUUUUAAAGGUGAGCAGCCAAAUAAUUAUUAAAACAUUAUAAAAACAACACAAAAACAGCUUGUUAGAGUUAGCAGGUAGAUUAGCAUUUGAGAUUUCCAUUGAGAACAGCGAGGUUCAAUUUUCAGUCCUCUUUUAUUCUCAUGAUACAUGUCGUCCAAUUGCAUCUCACCCUGCAGGAUUUUUACAGAAAUAUUUAAUAAAAUCUUCUAAUUUUCAUCAUGUUUUUCUGUAAUGGUGUCUGGGUGGUUGACCCAGUGUUUUAAGUUUGGACAUUUUGUCGGUGUUUAGUUUACCUGUGUCUGUUUCCUGUUUUAUUAUGAUAGUCUUUUGUCCUGUGCUCGUUAUGUUGAGUUUACUUCUUGUUUCAUUAGUUAGAUUUGUUCCAGCCGUGUUUUCACCCGUUUCUCAUCGUCUCAUUAUUUGUUUGUCUCUGCUGAUGGUCACGUCAUCGUCAAUGCCUCGUGCAUGCACCCUGUAGAUGUUAUUAGUUUCAUCAUUAUGAAGGAAUUUCCUCAGUCUCAACUCUUCAGUCAGUUUCAGCACUGUUCUCUGAAGGUCCCACCACAGCUUCUCAGUCAGGCUGAGGUCUGGACUGACUGGAGCAUUGCACCACUUUGAUUCUUUUCUUUUUCAGCCAUUCUUUUAGAGAUUUGGCACUGUUCUUGGUAUCACUGUCAUGUGUAUGACUGAGUUUGGCCUGAGCUUUAGCUGUGGGGCUGAUGGCCUCACAUCUGACUCUAGAAUACAUUUGUAUACAGAGGAAUUCAUGGUUUACUGAGUCACUGCACGGAGCCCAGAUCAUCAUCCCUCCACCACCGUGCUGACAGCUGGUGUGAUGUGUUUCGUUUUCUCCUUUAUGGACAAACAUGCCCACUUUGGUUUUUUCUGUCCAAAGGAACCUGAGCCCUGCUGCAAUGUUCAUUUAAAGAGAAGAGGCUUCCUCCUGGUAACCCUUCCAAACAAGUCACACUUCUCAGUCUCUUUCUAUUUGUACUCUCAUGAACUUUAACAUUUAACAUGAGGCCUGUAGAGUCUGAGAAUGAGAAUUCUUGGGUUUUUGCAGCUUUUCUGAGCGUUUGGAUGGUCUUAGGUUGAAUUUGCUGGAACAUCCACUCCUGAGAUGAUUGUAGCAUUGUGUUAACACACAACUGAAUGCUGCAGACCAGCAAACUGCAAAAACGUCUGCAUUUGCAAAGGUUCUCACACCUGCUGUUGGAUACACCCAUCAAAUACAACUGAUUUUAAUUCCUAUGGAAACAUUAAGGACAAACUCCGUUUCAGUGGUUCACAUAAUGAAUUAAAAACAGUAACUGGUAGCAGAGGCGGGAUUGUUGGAGUUUGACACAUCAAAAGUGAAUAAACAGAUUUUUAUACCUGCGUCUGUUCUGCUGUGUCAGACUACGACCCACAAAGUGGAGACCUACGUCUUUCAUAUGUUCCGGCACUACGGCUUCAGCUGGAUGAGAAAGAGCGUCGACUACUUCCUGCUGCAGUCCAACUCAAAGUACAUCACCUGGUGGUCGAUGGCCCUCAGCCUCCUCAUCGUCACCUCUGGGUACCUGCGGCUACUCUUCCUCAAAAGCCUCUUUGUCAGCAAUACCGGCACAGAGGGCGAGAAGCCUCGGUGCUGAUAGACUCAAACGAAAACCAAAAGAAAAAGAAUUUAAAAAAUAAAAAUGUCUGGAUUUGUGUGGAGGAACGGCAGACACGAACGAAUUCAAAGCAGUGAUGGUUCUUUCUCCUUGAAUGAAUAAAUAUUAGAAA